AUGGAGGGUUUGGGGCUGAAGGCGCGCCCGGAGCAGGCCACCUCAUUCCCACGUCCAGCAUCACUCAUGGGCAGUUCCGUCUACAGCGCUGUCCAGCAGCAGGACUACUCUGCCGGGGUUUGGCUCCGCAGGAGGGACAAACUCGAGCAUUCACAGCAGAAGUGCAUUGUGGUCUUUGCGCUGGUGUGCUGUUUUUCUGUCCUGGUGGCUUUAAUAUUCUCUGCUGUGGACAUCUGGGGGGAAUAUGAGGAUGGCAUUACAGAGGAAAACUGCAGCAAGAACUGUCGGAUAGUCCUUGUGGAGAACAUUCCAGAAGACCUCUCCUUUCCAGAUAAUAGUACAUCCCACCUUCCCCUGUCCACGGGUCUACACACACUCUUGGACUUGGCCAGUCGGUCAGUGGAGAUAGUGUCUUCUCACUGGGCCUUAAACUCCACAGACCAAGAGCCCAGUCCUUCCUCAGCCAAACAGGGCCAGCGUUUGUUUCAGAGACUCAUCAGCCUUCAGUCUCACCAGAUUAAUCUGAAGGUGGCCAGUGGUCUUAUUGAAUCGACAGAGCUGAAGAGCCUUUCUGAGCACAGUGCAGAGGUCCACUACUUGAACAUGACGGCUCUGACUAAAGGCCAGUUCCACUCGUCCUUCUGGGUAGUCGACAGAAAGCACAUGUACAUUGGGAGUGGCAGCAUGGACUGGAAGUCGCUAUCAAAAAUGAAAGAGCUGGGGGUGAUAAUCUACAACUGCAGCUGCCUGGUGCUAGACCUGGACAGGAUAUUUUCCCUCUACUGGCAGCUGGAGUACAAGGACUACAUUCCAUCCAUUUGGUCCAAGAGGGUGACUGCCCUUUACAACAAGGACAAUGCCCUCUCUCUCCUCCUCAACAACACUCAUGCCAGGGCUUUCGUGUCUAGCUCUCCAGAUCUCUUCUGCCCAAAAGAUCGGACAAGAGACAUCGAUGCCAUAUACCGUGUGAUUCUAGAUGCCAGGAGGUUUAUCUACAUUUCCAUCACAGACUACCUGCCCCUGGUCAAGAGGAGCUCACACAGGUACUGGUCACUCAUAGACGAGAUGCUCCGUGAGGCUUUGAUCCUGAGAAAUAUCAAGGUGCGGCUGCUGAUAAGUUGCUGGAAGCAGACACAUCCUCUCACAUUCAAUUUUGUGUGGUCCCUGAAAACGCUGUGCAUGGAGCUACCCAAUUGCACCCUGGAGGUGAAGUUCUUUAGCCCUAGAGAGCAAAGGGAUGGUAUUCUGCAAGGAAUUAACCACAACAAGUUCAUGGUGACAGACAGUGCAGUGUAUAUUGGGAACUUUGACUGGGUAGGGAACGAGUUUGCCUUCAACGCGGGUGCGGGGCUGGUGAUAAGCCAGGCUCAAGGUGUGGAUGACAGGACAGCCACCAUUGUGGGGCAGGUGAAGGCGGCCUUCGAGAGGGACUGGUACUCCCGCUACACUAGGAUCCUGCAUGCCAACAAGGUCCUGGAGUGCAGCAAGCACAGGGUCAACCAACCCUCCAUGCUUAAGUCUCAAGCAAAGAGUGUGGAGAACAAAGAAAUUUUGAAUACCUCUCUGUGA